AUGCUCCUCAUUACACGCUUCGGCCUGACUUCAGCGAUUGCCGUCUUGUUCUCUGCUGCAAGUGCUCAGAACGCCUUCACUGGAGCUGUGGGCUUCGGUGCCAUUGCAACUGGAGGCAACAGCGGCGCUACGUAUCACGUCACGACUCUUGCGGACUCGGGGAAUGGGUCUUUUCGCGACGCAGUCAGCGCCGAGAAUCGCAACAUCGUCUUCGAUGUAAGCGGCUACAUCGUCUUGGAAUCAGCUGUCUCUCUGUCUUCCUCCAUCACCAUCAAUGGGCAGACUGCUCCCUCGCCUGGGAUCGGCAUCAUGGCCGGGGAGGUCUCGGCAAGUGACAAGAGCAACAUCAUUAUCCGCAAUUUGAGGAUGCGCCAGGGCAACCUCGACUCCGAUUCCGGGAAAAGCGCUUUCAACAUGGGCGGCGCUACCAACAUCAUCCUAGACCACUGCUCGGUAGCCUAUGGGCAAUGGGACAGCAUCGACGGCGUCGGCAUAACCAACAUUACCAUCUCGAACAGCAUCAUCGCCUUCCCCAUCGGGCAGCAAUUCGGGGCGCACAUCGAAGGGAACCAAGCCACCUACUUUGGCAAUCUCUGGGUCUCCGGGCACAACCGUCAACCGCUCUCGAAGGCGAAUUCCCAGUACAUCAACAACGUCGUAUACAACUACCAGGCUGGCUACACGGUUGCAAACACCGGCGGCGUCUUCAGCCAUGAUAUCAUUCAUAACUAUUUUAUCGCCGGCCCUAGCACUACCAGUGUUAGUAAUUAUUAUUAUCAGAUCAACGCGGGCCAGAGCGUCUACGCCACAGGCAACUACGCCGAUACCGACAGCGACGGUGUCCUGAACGGCGCGCAGGAGAACAAGGUCGGCAGCGCCGUCGUCCUGUCCGCACCCUGGGCGAGCGAUUCCGCGACCAUGGCAGACCGCUCCGCGGCUGAUGCCUACACCUACGUCUUGGCAAACGCGGGAGCGUCGCCCAGAGACGAGGUCGAUGCCUUCGCGGUAAGCACGGUGCAGUCGCUGGGGACGGAGGGCGUGAUAUAUACGAACCAGGCGAGUACAGGGUUGAGCAAUGGGGGGUAUGGGACACUUUGA